AUGCAAAAUGAAGCAUCACCAGAUGCACCUUCACCGACGAGUUCUGGAGGUGUUUCAACAAAUGAACAAAGCUCAGAGGAAAUAAAUAUUGCUAUGAAAACUGAACUACCAGAAAUUGUAAUACAACCAUCAGAUGCACUGAAUUAUGUUAGUAAUGGAAAUGCAAUAGAUUCUGUAUUGAUGAAAUUAGAGCAUGCAGCAUACAUUUCCAGUUGGAUUGAUCAUCCACAAAGAGGAGUUUUAUCAAGAAUAAUUAGAAGA